AUGAAGGCACUUCUGGUUUCUGUGGCGACUCUGAUUAACUUGCUGCUCCUGAUACUGCUGGGAUCUGGCUAUUGUCAGCACAUGGCGGAUGAGUCGUGCUCUGUUCAGAUACUUGUGCCGGGUCUAAAAGGUGAAAUGGGAGAAAAGGGUGAGAAGGGUGCCCCAGGGAGACCAGGAAGAGUCGGACCACACGGGAGAGAGAGAAUGAUGGGUGAAAAGGGAAUGAAAGGAGGCAUGGGUCGCCAUGGUAAAAUCGGUCCCAUUGGUUCUAAAGGUGAAAAGGGAGAUGUUGGUAACAUGGGUCCAUCAGGUCCAAACGGAGAUCCAGGGAUACCCUGUGAGUGCGGACAGCUGAGGAAGGCUGUUGGAGAGAUGGACAUUCAGGUCACACAGCUGACAACAGAGCUGAAGUUUGUAAAAAAUGUUGUUGCUGGAGUGCGUGAGACAGACACUAAGAUCUACUUGCUGGUAAAAGAGGAGAAGAAAUACAUAGAGGCCCAGGCCUACUGUCAAGGAAGAGGUGGUACACUCAGCAUGCCCAAAGAUGAGGCAACCAACAGUCUGAUCGCUUCUUACAUUAACCAAGCUGGCCUCAGCAGGAUUUUUAUUGGCAUCAACGACCUGGAUAGAGAAGGUCACUUUGUGUAUUCUGACCGGUCUCCAUUGCAGACCUUCAACAAAUGGAGGCAAGGAGAGCCAAAUAACGCCUACGAUGAGGAGGACUGUGCUGAAAUGGUCUCUUCAGGAGGGUGGAACGAUGUUUCUUGUCUCAUUACUAUGUAUUUUAUUUGUGAGUUUGACAAAGAAAAUGUAUAA